AUGUUCAACCUGAGUAGCCUAUUGAAGGCGACCAAUAUCGCCAAGCCUGCAAGCGCCACCGCACAGAACAAUGAAAAUGCAGACAAUAACGCGGAUGGGGGAAGCGGCGAGGCCGUCAAAAUUAAGAUAAUAAAUAUGAAAGAAUACAAGACGAAGAAGUUCUUGGACGAAAGGAAAAAUGUGAAUGCAUGGAGUGCUGCGAACGCGGGGGCGAAGAAUCCUGCCAAGGAACCGAAGAAGAAACCUGAGAAGAAAAAGGCCGAGAAGAAGAAGGAAGAGCCGAAGAAGGAAGAACCGAAGAAGGACGAGGAGAAGAAGGAUGUAGAGAAGAAGGAUGAAGAGAAGAAGGACCAAGACAAAAAAGAAGAGCCCAAGAAGGAUCCCAAAAUUGAACCCCCCAAAAAGAAAUUCGUGCCAUCGGUACUAAAACAAAAGGAAGCUGCUAUGGCCAAAGCCGUAAAAGAAGUGAAAAACGAAAAGGUAGAACUAUUCCCGGAUCUUCUUCAAGCAAAAAAAUCAACCAAAACGGAGAAGGAGAAAAAAAAAAACCAACCACAAAAAAAAAAUAAGAAAGAAAAAGCAGAAAAAAAAAAGCAAGAAGAGGAAGAGAAUAAUUUCCCUCCAAUCGAGGAAAUAGAAAAAAUACACUUUAAUAUUUUUGACAUUGUGGACAUGAAGAAAGAGUAUGAACGGAUUAUGAGAAAUUCAGAAAAAGUAAUGGAGAAGUAUAAAAAUAAGAAAAAAUUUGACGACACCAUGAUUCUUUGUAAUUAG